AUGGGUUCGCAAGACGACGCGGAGUCUCAGUCACAACACGAUAUCCCAAAAACAAAACAAGCCUUGGAAGGAGAAGAAGGUGCAACGAACGUGAACAAUGUUGCAGCUGGCAACGUUGCUGAUAUUCGUCGAGAGGAACAGAAGCGAGACAUAGUGAGCGAACAUGGGAAGGGCGAAUCCGCCCAAAGCACGUGUCAAUAUGGUUUGGAGGAGAGCAAAGACGUACAAGGCACGAGAGCCAUCGGCGGUGGAGGUAACGGUCCACCAGCAGGCCUUCGCGAUACAACUAUGCAGCAGGAUGCUGAAAGUUCGCGUCCGCCAUCUCCAGCUCUACCAGGUCGUAACUCUCUUGACGACAUCCAACAAUGGUCACAGGCUUGGCGGGCUAGAAGUACUACUGGAGCGAGCCAAUUGAUGUUGCCUCUUUCAACGUCCACAUCCUUGGUCUCGGUGCUUCCUCCCAAGACGAGCAAAUUGCAGGCAAAGACUUCCUUGGAAGAGCUUGAAUUACGUCCUGAAGCCAUACCCUUGCCCGAACGCAGCAGGAGGAAACAAAGGGCCUUAGUCUUCUCUAAGAGCCAAGAUGGAGAUAAUUGGAGUGGAUGGGGUGGGGCGUGGGGCGUAAGCAUAAGAAGAAGGAAGACUAAGACUGUUGUGCCUCCUCCUGCACCGAGAGUCACGACAGAGAUGGAAGUCUAUCGAUACAACAUUGAGGUUCUAGCAAACCGUCUAACCAACUUCGAAAAUGUCGCUGCCACAGCAACCCGUCAUCGUUGGAGCCCGCGCAUCGUAUACUACGACCGCUUGAAAUCUGCUCAAGACCAUGCACCACGACGUUACGAACCUUGGGAGAGUCGUUCAACUGCGCCUUCGUUUGAGGAGUUCUAUGGAACUCUGAGAAACGUCUCCAACGACUGCAACCAGCGGAUAGUGCUUGUGGAAGAUCUGACUCCGACCUUGGUCGACCUUCUCGGCGCAACAUUUCAAAUCCCACCUCACGUAAUUGAAGAACAUCUAGAGCGCUCUGGCUACAAGAAGGGUACAGAAGGUGCUGACAGCAGAGUAGCUUGGCAUACUCGGUCGUCUGCUCAAGGCUAUUCAUCAGUCACAUGGUAUCGGCCAGUCUUGUCACUGGUCCCCAUAACUUCGAGGUUUCGGUCAAAGUUGAUUCGGGAUCGGAAGCCAAGAGUGCGAUGUCCCUUCGACGGAUGCCAAAAUGAUGGUCACUAUUUACGCUUGAAUACGCAAGCGAAUAUCUGGCGCCGCCAACUUGACCUUUGCCCCGACCCUGGCGUUUAUCACAAAGACUCUGAUACAGAGUAUCCAGUGGGAUGGGAAGAAAAAGCCACGAUAUGGAUGCGCGAAUACGAUGGCUGCAGAUUCGUAAUCCUGCUUCUUGACCCGCUUCCCAUAGUCUCGGUCAACGAGAAUAUAGGCGCCGGCGACAGGCAGUUGCGGCGGACACCACCUACUCUGGCCAACCUCUGGAUCAGACGCGAAGACAAACGCGCCCGACCUCGUGGCUCCCGGACCCAAGGACCAUCCCAAGGAAGCCACGUACAAGCGUGGGCCACUUCUCUUCCGCAGGAUCUUCCUCCGCCACCUGGACAACCAUUGCCGUCCCUACCUAACAUGCCAGAGGCAAUUGAGAUCACUCCACUGCAGGUGCCCCCACGUGCUUCUGGCGUCCAAACCGGCCCAACCGAUACCUUCUCCCCGGCAGUUUUGAGACGAAGAGCCACUAGGCCAGACAUAGAAAAUGCCUCGAUCAACAGUAUAGAAGCUGUGGUAAACACGCAGAGCAGUGACAGACGUAAAAGCGUUGCUUUCGCACCUCCACCGCCGCCCGUGCCUGGUCAAUCCGCAACUAGCAUGCAGCCAUCAUCUCGUAACAUUGAGGAGGAAUCAUUGAGUGCUGAUACUCACGGGCCUUUUGUGCCGUAUCAUCCGGUCAAGGCUAGAUCGUCAUCGUCCGCUUGGGGCGACGAUACGCUUCACAUGCGCGCCUACAUUGAAAGUCUACAGGUUCCAAGGUCCACUAUAGACGAGUUCGAAUACUUUCUGAACCAACCGGGUAAAGGCAAGGAAGCGGUGUUCGACCCAUUCCGAGCCCUCUUCCGCGCCAUCCACGAUGACACACACUGCUUAGUGGACAUCAUACGCGUAUCGUUGCAGCGCAUCCGCGAAGGCACAUUAGACGAGGACCUAAUGCAAAAGCGCGUCAGCUUCUGGCGAGGAUUACUGCACUCUUUGAACUUCAACCUCGAAGAGCUAGAGCAGCGACUCCGCGGAUUUGUGCACUUCGCAUACGAAUCCGAACACCACAGCACCCCAUCUGAGACUCUGGCUAAGGACACCCGACAAACUCUACGUGCUUGCAUGGAACUCAUCGACCGCUCAUCCCGUUCUCUCCUCGCAGAGAUGCAAAUCGUAGACAGCCGGCGCAGCAUCGCCGAAGCCGAAAGCGUCUCCAAGCUCACCGAACUAGCCUUCGUUUUCAUCCCACUAUCCUUCGUAGCCAGCUUGUUCAGCAUGCAAGUCCACGAACUCAACGGCGGCGUACCACUGUACACGUUUGCGCUGGUCGCAAUCGGCUUCGUGCUAAUAGCCUACGCUGUGCGGCUUAGCAUCCGCAGCUCCCGCCUUAUCGAGCAAAAGAACAAGAUGGUACAAAAGAUGCGUGAUGAGUCGAACCUCCAGCACAACGACCAAAUACCUACCCACACAUUCCUGGUAUGGGCUAGUCGUUCGAUCAGCUUUUCCAUUUUCAAAAGCAUCAAAGACACGGUCACGUUCAUCACACCAUUUAUCCUCGUAUUUGCUGUCCUUGCCGCGAUCCUGAGUCCAAUAGUCCUGCUCUGGCUGCGUGGCAUCAACAAGGGAUUCUCGGCGGUCAUCACGGUGAUAAUGCUUCUGUUGGACUUGGUUCUCGUGUUGCCCGUAGUGCUGAUCGAUGGAGGGAUUGCGUUCGAUCCGAGAGCACACAUCAACGAAAUCAAACGGAACCAUCAAAUCAAUAAGAAGCUGCGCGAGAAGAUCAAGAAGAAGAAGAGGCUGAAGGCCGGACUGGAUCCGGAGGUUGGUGAUGAUGACGACUCGAGUUCGGAUGACGAUGACGUCUUUAAGAUAGCUAAUGGUAGCGAUGUGACUUCUGUUGCUUGA